UGGGAAAGAAAUGGUAUUUCCCUAACUCUUUAGUGAAUACGGGGGAUAGAGAGAUUUGUUCUUCCUCUUAGAUCGGAGGAGCGAAUCAUCCUUUGUAGUAUUGACUAAGCUGACUCUUUCGGGGACACCUCAUCUGCCACACAUUGAGGUAGUUGAUUUUUGAUAGAUUUAGAAUCAGGUCAAGUGAGACGUACUGGACCGGAUCGCCCAUGAUCCGUCGUAUUGUGCCCGCCUGUUUCGUCCUAUGGCCCUUUCAUGAUGCGUUUGGGCUAAUUGAAUCACGAAUUGUUCUCCUCCAAGACCAAUAAAAAUUAUCCGAGUCCAAUCAUAAAUUUUGUUGUUUGACCCUUGGCCAAAACCAAAAAUUAUAUAUAAAUAUACAAAUAUAGUCACGAAAAAUAUUUAUACCGUCUAAUAAUACUCCUUUCUAGUUGAGAUCGAGCCAAUACAAACCAAAUGGCUUCUCAUCAUAUCCAAUAUUUCAUUGUUAUUCUCAUGUCCACAUUUCUCACAAUUCAUUCCUUCGAAGAACUAACUCCUGAUUUUUACAAUGAUGUUUGUCCUCAGGCAUUGCCAAUCAUUCACUCAAUUGUUCUCCAAAAACUUAACAUGAAACCACGCAUGGGAGCACAUUUACUACGCUUGCAUUUCCAUGACUGUUUUGUCAAUGGUUGUGAUGGAUCGGUUCUGCUAGAUGACACUCCUAACUUCAUAGGUGAAAAGAAUGCAAUCUCAAAUAUUGAUUCCCUUAAAGGCUUCAUGUUGGUUGAUAUAAUGAAAGCAGCUGUUGACAAAGCUUGCAAACGUUCUGUCGUAUCAUGUGCAGAUAUAUUAGCCAUUGCUGCUCGUGAUUCCGUCUCCAUCUUGGGAGGACCAAGCUAUUGGUACGAAGUUCCACUAGGAAGAAGAGACGCAAGAAAUGCUAUAAAAAAAGAUGCAGAUUUUUAUCUUCCUUCACAGCUUUUCAAUUUCUCUCAACUUGUUUCUAACUUUGAGUUUCAAGGCCUAAACAUUAAAGAUCUCGUAGCACUUUCCGGUGCUCACACGAUUGGAAUGGCUAAAUGUUCUAGUUUUAAGGAAAGGAUUUACAAUGACACGAAUAUAGAUCCCGAUUUCGCAAUCUCCAUGCAAGAAAAUUGUCCUAUAAAAGGCUGUGAUGAUCAUUUUGAAGCAUUUGAUCAUGUCACUCCUAAUAAGUUUGACAAUUCAUAUUACAAAAAUUUGAUUAAUAAAAAAGGUUUACUACAUUCUGAUCAAGAGCUUUUUAAAGGUGAUGAUGGUAGUGAAAGUGAUAGAUUGGUGAGACGUUAUAGUAGAAAUCCUCAUGCUUUUGCUAGAGAUUUUAAAGCUUCCAUGAUUAAGAUGGGUAAUAUAAAGCCUCUUACUGGAAUCUUUGGAGAGAUUAGAAGAGAUUGUAACAAAGUUAACUCAUAUUUACAUGGUUUAAAUGAGUGAUUAAGGUUUAUGUAUUAAUGAUGUGUUCUUGCUAAAAAUCUAGACAAGUUUGAUAAGAAA